AUUGCGGAAGUGCUGUACGAAAUUUCACCCCGCUUUCUCGAUAGUAAGCAUUAAAACUAUUAACUGCGUAAUUAUUGCGGGCUUGAAUUAAAGACAGGUAGAUUUACGCCUAAGAAAACUACUUCAGCACAUGGAGACUUUCAGACAGCGUUCGGGGUUCGGGAGGAAAGAGGAGGAUGUGAAACUCAGGAAAAGAAAAUCUCUACUGUACACAAAGGAAGACAACGCUCCGAUUAGGACAGAGGUGCUGAGAGUUGCGGUGUUUUCUGUGAUUUUCCGUGUGGUCAACUGUUUCCUGGUUCAGAGCAGCUUCAUUCCAGAUGAGUACUGGCAGUCUGUGGAGGUUGCACAUCACAUGGUCUUCAAUUAUGGGCAUCUGACGUGGGAAUGGAAGGAGGGCAUAAGAGGCUUCACCUAUCCUCUCUCCUUUGCGGUCAUCUAUAAAAUACUACACUGGAUACACUGUGACUCUGUGUAUCUUCUGAUAUGGCUUCCCCGACUCCUUCACGCCCUUGUUGCUGCGUUUGCAGACGUUAAAUUCUUCUUCCUCAUUAGAACACUGGAAGAUCGAGAUAUUGCAAAAUGGGCGUUCUUCUGCCAUAUGUGCUCGUGGUUCACGUGGUUCUGCUGCACCAGAACGAUAAGCAACAGCGUGGAGGCCACAAUCGCUUGUCUGGCUCUUUCCUACUUCCCCUUGCCAACAUCCAAAACACACAGCAGUAAAAAAUAUUUGAGCCUCGUUGCAUUAGCGUUCAUUGUUCGUCCGACGGCCCUGAUUGUCUGGCUUCCGCUGUUGAUUUACCAUUUCUGGCAGGACGAAAACAAACUGAGACUAGUGGUUGAUAACUACAUUCCCAUAGGGGCUUCAGCCAUUGUGAUUUCAACCAUAAUCGACUCUGUCUUCUUUGAGAAGUGGAUCUUCGUGCAGUUCAACUUCCUGAAGAUAAACGUCGUACACAGCGUGGCUGACUUUUAUGGCACCCACCCCUGGCACUGGUACCUCAUUCAGGGCUUCCCCGUCGUAAUGGGCUCUCAUCUCCCAUUCUUUGUUCACGGAUGUUCCCUCGCAUUCGGAAGGUACAGAAUCCUGCUGGUGGCCAUCGCUUGGACCAUUGGCAUAUACAGUUUGCUUCCUCACAAGGAGUUUAGAUUCAUCUACCCUCUGCUUCCCUUCUGUAUGGUCUUUUGCGGUGUAUCGGUGGCAAAUAUGAGAGUGUGGCGACGAGCAGCCGCAUGUGGUUUGUUGGCAACCAACUUGCUCAUAGCUCUCUACACGGGCUUAAUUCACCAGCGCGGCGCUCUGGACGUCAUGGGCCAUGUCCGUGCACUUUGUCACAAUGUGUCAGAGUUUGACGUCCUCUUCCUCAUGCCCUGCCAUUCGACACCUUACUACAGCCACGUCCACUGCCCACUAAAGAUGAGGUUCCUCGAGUGCCCGCCUAAUCUCGGCCAGCCGGGUUACGUGGACGAAGCAGACAGAUUCUACGAUGACCCGCUUCUCUGGCUCCGGACUUCAUUUCCAAAUGUGCAGUCACGUCCUACUCACUUGGUUCUCUUUGACGUUUUGGAGAAGGAGAUCUCAGCGUUUCUGCAGGACUACAUUAAAACGGCAGACAUAUUUCACACUCAUUUUCACCAGGGAAAAGUUGGAGGAAGAAUCUUUAUUUAUGAAAGGCAUCAACAACCACGGGAACAGCUUGGUGACAAUGUCUGAUAUUAUAUAUCAUAUAAAGGCAGGUUCUGGCUUAAGUUGAAUUUUGUUUUUGCUGCCAGCUGGCUGUGUUUUUUCUUGCGUCCUUUAAGGGGCGCGGUGAGCUGGGUGGAGUGAGCAAGGAGGUUUUGCACUUGGGAGCGAUUUGUAAUCAGCGCUCUGUCUGAAGUGCUGCGUUCAACACCGGAAGACACCAGAAUGUUGCUCUUGUUCCUUCCUUGGGGCCGUUUGCUGUUUUGUAUCCUGUCUCGCUCCAGUUAUGUUUGGUACUUCUCCCUGUAGGAUUUACUUUGUUUUUUUGUCCCUGUUAACAAGCGUUUUGGCAUUUUCCUGGUGACCCUCCUUGCUCCCUCUUCCCAUCACCAUAAGUCAUGUUUCCCUAGUUUUCACUCUUUUUGUGUUGCUUUUUGCUUUUGCCUUGCACCAUAGUUUUUGGUUACCUUUUACCUAGCUUUUUAGUAGAAAUUUUCCCACAUCACCUCAUUCUUUUCCUCUUUUUUGUAUUUAAUUUUUUUUUUUUGUUUUGUUUAAUUUAUUUAACAGUUCUAUUUGUUGGUGGAUGACUGGUUGGCACAUCUCCCUCACAGUUCUGAGGGGUUCAAAUCUGGCCUUGCCUGUGAGGAGUUUGCAUGUUCUCCACAUGCCUGCGUGGGUUUUUCUCCGGCUACUCCCGUUUCCUCCCACUUCCCAAAAACAUGCAUGGUAGAUUAAUUGAGGACUCUAAAUUGCCCAUAGGUGUCAAUGUGAUUGUGAAUGGUUGUUUGAUAUUUGUUUUGAUAUUCUGAUAUGUGCCCUAUGAUUGGCUGGCAACCAGUUCAGGGUGUACUCUGCCUCUCGCCCAGAGUCAGCUGGGAUAGGGUCCAGCACACCCAUGACCCUAGUGAGGUAAAGGGGCACAGAAGCUGAAUGAAUGAGUUCUAUUUGUAAAUUUUUUUUUAAAUAAAGACUGCUCAAUUUUUUUUUUACAUUA